AUGAAGCGCUCGGUGUGUUUGCUCCUCAUGGUCGGGCUACUGUGGGCUCUUUCCGACUGCGCUGUCCCGUCUGCGCCACCCGUGCGCCCGCCCCUGGCCUUGGGGGAGGACACAAAGCCGCUGCGGUGUGAGCUGCAGCGGCAGUUCGAGAACUUGGCGGCAUUGGGGUGGCUGGGCCGAGUGUAUUUGGCCGUUCCCUGGUUGGAUCAACUGCUGCCACUCUUCCGACUGGAGCCCUACGCCGGAGAUUUUGUGCUGGAGGACGGCUGUGUGUGCACGCUCAAAGAGAGCAGCGUGCUGCCCCGGGGCAUUCCCCUCACCUUCCGCCUGACCGUGGACCGCGGCGACGUGACCGGGGCCGCACUGCUGGGCAUCGGCUGCGACCUCUUCGCUGACAGCGAGGCUGGGCCCACGCCGUCCUGGUCGCAGGCCGAUUGGCAAGCGCCACGCGCGCUGCCGGCGCGGCUGGGCAGGGCCAAGCGGGUCCUCGUGGAGGCCGUGGUGCACGAGAUCUUCGGGCGCCUCGCGCGGGUCGCCAAGGCCGCGGAGGAAGGCGCAGAGCUGGCGGCAUGCGCGGAGGCGGCGGAGUUCUUCCCGCGGCAGGACCUUUUUGCGAGGGAGGGCACCGCGGAGAAAUGGCUUCAGUGCGUGUCCGGCUACUACUUCGCUGAAGCCGUGCUGCAAGAUGUGCACGUCCCGAGCGUGGAUCCAGAGGCUGCGGUGAGGUUCACCUUUUACUUGGACCCCACUGAACCUCUCAACUCGGAGGACCCCAUGAUGAGCAUGAACCCCGAGGUGAUUCGCUGCACCUUUACGGAUGUGAAGUCUUGA